GUGUAGGAAAAGGCAGGAGGCUGCUGAUGUUCGCUGCCUUUGGUCUGCACGGCGAGUCUUCGGAUUCCUACCGGCGCCUGCUCAUUUUUAAGUCUAUCUUUAACCUUGUAAAUCAGCCGGCCGGCGAAAGCAAAACCUAAACAGCCAUGUCUUCUACGUGCUUCUCUCGCUCGUCGCUCCUUCUCCACAUAUUUCCGAUCCCAGGGAGGAAUGCGCCGCCCGCGGCUUUUCAUUCUUUCUCCCCUCUCCGUUCUGUCCGUCGAUGUGGGACGAGCUUCGCCUUGAAUCCUCGCCGAAAUAGAUUGAGUUGCAUUAGGUCGAUGUCAUCCGAAGCGAGCGACGCAGAAGCUGGGACGGUCAGGUCUGUGCCAGUUACCGUCGCCCACGAGCUCCUCAAGUCUGGGCAUCGGUACCUCGACGUCAGAACGGUGGAGGAGUUCAAUGGGGGACAUGCGGUACAAGCCAUUAACAUUCCUUACAUGUUCAAGACUAACUCAGGAAUGUCAAAGAACCCAAAAUUUUUGGAGGAAGUGUUAUCAACUUUCAACAAGGACGAUGAGAUAAUUAUAGGUUGUUUAAGUGGGAAAAGGUCAUUAAUGGCUGCAUAUGAGCUUUCAAAAGUUGGUUUCGCCUGUGUCACGGAUGUUGCUGGUGGUUAUUCAGCUUGGGUGCAGAACGGACUUCCAACAGAGAACUAAUCGCAUGGGACUAACCUGCACCCUGUAAACUUACAUGUUGCAGUGGGUGCUACAUACAUGCAAUGUUCAAAAACUUACAUCGCCUUACAUUAUUUGGGUAUUUUUCAUCUUGUAUAUUUGCAAGGUGCAAUAUCCCUGUUAUCCCGUGAUUUCAAACGUCGUUGCAGAGGUUCAGCUGUGACUUAAACCAGAUGCUAUAUUCAAAAAGUUUAUGAAACAAAUGUUGGUACAGUUA